AGGGGGUGUGGCAUGCAUUAAAAUUAAACAUCAAUGACCCCACGAAGCUUAUAAAGAAGCUUGGGAAAAGCCAGUCAACAAAAGAAGGCAUCCUCGUUUGGAUGAGUUUGCAUGUGGAAACUGCCUUCAUCUUGACAAAAAAGCCAAGGAUGCUGACGGCGCUGCUGCUGCUCCCCGCGCUGGCCGGCCUCUUCCCCGCCGCGGACGGACAGGCCUUCCACCUGGGGAGAUGCCCGACGCCGCCGGUGCAGGAGAACUUCGAUGUGCACAAGUAUCUUGGACGAUGGUACGAAAUUGAGAAGAUCCCAGUGAGCUUUGAGAAGGGAAGUUGCAUCCAAGCCAACUAUUCGCUAAUGGAAAACGGAAACAUCAAAGUGAUAAACCAGGAGUUGAGAGCUGAUGGCACCGUGAAUCAAAUCGAAGGCGAAGCCACCCAGGGCAACCUUACGGAGCCUGCCAAGCUGGGAGUUAAGUUUUUCUGGUUGAUGCCAUCAGCUCCAUACUGGGUCCUGGCCACCGACUACGAGAACUACGCCCUCGUGUACUCCUGCACCACAAUCGUCUGGCUUUUUCACAUGGAUCAUGUUUGGAUCUUGGGAAGAAACCCUUAUCUGCCUCCAGAAACAGUGACCUAUCUGAAAGAUAUCCUGACCUCUAAUGACAUUGACAUCGAGAAAAUGACUAUCACAGAUCAGGUGAACUGCCCCGAGUCGCUGUGAGAGGCUCGAGGGGGAACCCGCGUUCACUCCACGUUACUUCUUUUGCUUUGCUUCCCCCCCUCCACCCCCCAUAAAGACAGACCAACCAAGGCAAACCGUUGCAAACACCGAAGGGAAAUUGGGCAGCAGAAGCCCAUGGAGAGAGAGUCAAGGAAAGUUGGCCCAAACACUUAGCCAUGCACCACCCUGUUACCCUGCCCAUCUAAUAAUAAACUUGUUGCUGACCUGCUGUGCUCACAGUA